AUGUCACCGGCACAAGAUCAGUACUACUACGUUAUCCCCAACGUCGGCGCCAUGGAACACAACGCGGGUGAAGCCGACCUCGCCUCCCAGGGUUGGAUCCAAGCCACCAUCAUCGAGGACGAUGACCUCAUGUUCGGCGGCAAGUCGCUGAGCACCUGGUACGAGGAGGAGAGGAGACGCCUGAGCAACACCUCGUCGGACGAGGAGGAGCACCGUGGUCGCCAGAGGGUCCGCAAGCACCACUCUUCCCACAAGCACAAGCACCACCACCAGUCGGCGCAACACUCUACCAGCUCCGACAAGAAGCACUAA